AUAAUCUUGAAAAUGAAAUUAAAGAAUUUCUUCCAAAUCUUCUGGUUUGUCCUUGUAGGCUUUGUUGUUGUGUCUGCACAAGAAUGUGGGCGAACUGGUUCUUUUAUUCCCGGUGAUAGGUACGACACAAACCGGGGCCUUAUGCUCUCUUCACUUGCUUCCAACGUUUCAGCUAGAGGCGGCUUCUUCAACGGUUCAAUUGGCCAAGGCCCUGAUCGAGUUUAUGCUCUAGGGAUGUGCAUCCAAGGUGCUGAACCAGAGGUUUGCUCCAAAUGUAUUGAACAGGCGUCUAAUGAGGUAUUAGACAGGUGUCCCAACCAGACAGAAGGCCUCAACUGGCCGCAAGUACGGAUCUUAUGUAUGGUACGAUACUCCAAUAGUUCGUUUUUUGGAUCGCUCAAGGCAGAACCACAUUUUUAUAUCGCCAAUCAAGCCGAUAUCAUAUACAACUCAACAGGGUUUGAUCAAGUUUGGGAAGACUUAGCAAGUCGUAUGUUAGCCGGUGCUACUUCACCUUCAUCAAAAAGCAAGUACUACGCAGCUGAGAUAGCACACCUGACAUCUUUCCAGAUUAUAUAUGCAUUAAUGCAAUGCACUCCGGACUUAUCUUUGGAGGAUUGCACUAUCUGUUUAAGACAAAGUGUUGCUGACUAUGAAUCAUGCUGCCAUGGGAAACAAGGUGGCAUUGUUUACCGGGCCAGCUGUGUUUUCCGGUGGGAACUAUUUCCCUUCUCUGAAGCUUUUAGCGGUAUUACGUUGGAUCCUCCGCCUGAAGCCCCAACGUUCCUCACACCUCCAGCAGGAAACGUGACUAAUAAGAAAGGUAGCGAGACCGUCUCAAUAGGAAUGUUUAGGGCAAUUGUUAUUCCCACUGCCAUUAUUGUUAUUAUCUUGGUACUGCUUGCGCUAGGAUUUUUUAUAUAUAAGUGGAGAAAGCCAUACCAAGCAUUAGGUUCCCAAGGAUCAAGUACUGAGAUUACCGUUACACACUCAUUACAAUUCGAUUUCAAAGCGAUUGAAACUGCAACAAAUAAAUUUUCAGAGAGCAACUUAAUUGGCCAAGGUGGAUUCGGAGAUGUUUUCAAGGCUGUUCUUAACGGAAGGGAAGUUGCAGUUAAGAGGCUUUCAAAAACAUCAGGACAAGGUGCAAGAGAGUUCAAGAAUGAGGCUGUUCUCGUGGCAAAGCUUCAACACAGAAACCUGGUUAGGCUUAUUGGAUUUUGUGUUGACGGAGAAGAAAAGAUACUUGUCUAUGAGUUUGUGCCUAACAAAAGCCUUGAUUAUUUCCUUUUUGACCCUUCUUCAACACAGGGUCAGCUGAACUGGAAAACGCGAUAUAAUAUCAUCGGGGGAAUUGCUCGAGGAAUUCUGUAUCUUCAUCAAGACUCACGGCUCAGAAUUAUACACCGAGAUCUCAAAGCCAGCAACAUUCUCUUAAGUGCCAAUAUGAACCCCAAAAUUUCAGACUUUGGAUUAGCGACGAUUUUUGGAAUGGAGCAAACUCGAGGCAAUACCAACAGGAUUGCUGGCACUUACGCUUACAUGUCUCCGGAGUACGCGAUGCAUGGUCAAUUCUCCAUGAAAUCUGACAUAUACAGCUUUGGAGUCUUAGUUCUCGAGAUUAUAAGCGGAAAGAAAAACAGUGGCAUCUACCUGAUGGAUGAAACUAGUACGGCUGGAAACUUGGUCACUUAUGCAUGGAGGCUUUGGAUAAAGGGGUCACCAUUAGAGCUGGUGGAUCCAGCUAUUGGAAGGAACUAUCAGAGUAAUGAAGUCACUAGAUGCAUCCAUAUCGCACUCUUAUGUAUUCAAGAAAAUCCAGAUGACCGUCCUUUGUUAUCAAACAUCAUCUUGAUGCUCAGUAGUAACACAAGCACUCUACCGGCUCCUUGCUUACCGGGGUCUUUCCCACGAAGCAGGCAAGAACUGGUGCACGUAUCUGUGGGAUUAGAAUCAAAUGAAUCUACAGGAAGACCUACUCUUUAUUCUUUUAAUGACGUGUCAAUUACUGAUUUAGAGCCUCGUUGAAGAAUAUGGUUUGUGUAAAUUUGGACUGGAGCUUCUACUGUAGUUUCCGUGUUCUGUUACCUCUACUGUGUUAUUUUGUAUAACUAACUAAAUAUGUGUUCUGUUUUACUACACUUUUA